AUGUUGAAAACAGUUUUAUAUCCUAAAGAUUUCGAUUCAGUCUCGGGUUGGAUACCCGAUGUUGGUGAUGGAAGUGUUUUAAAAGAACCGGUAAGAAAUCUUGCAAAUGAUGCUGAUUUAGCUAGAGUGAGAGUUGUUGCUCGAAACACGAUAGAAAGAGUAGCACGAGCAGCUAAUCAUGGAUUCGAAAAACGAGUACUUCAGUAUAACAAUAGCAUUGUUAAUAAUAGUUGGGGUAAUUACGUAAAUUGGAAAUUAUAUCCUUUAUUCGGUCUGUUGGAACACAGAAAAGUUUCCAUAGGCUUACCAUAUAAAAUUCAUCUACAAAGAGAAAACAACGAUGAUAAGAUAUUCUUUGGAGAGAAUGGUUCAGAUGCAAAAUUAGAAAUAACGAAUCUCCAACUUUACAUACCUGUAAUAACACCAUCAAUUGAAGUAGAAACAAGAAUAUUCAACUCGUUAACUAAAGAUAUUGAAAUAGCUUUUCUUCAUCGUAACACGGUAGGUAGCAUGACUUUAACUGGAGAAUCCACCACGUGGCCAAUCACUAACACUAUUAAACCAGCAAGAUAUUUAAUGGUUGGUUUCAAGAACUUACCAGAUUCUCAAACGAAUAACAAUGGUGUCUUUAGAGUGGCAAUGAACCAAACUCAAGAUCCUUUAAUUCAUAAAGUUCAAGUAAGAUUGAACAACGAUAAUUAUCCUAACCAACCUUUAACAAUUAAUCCAACCACAAAGGAUUAUAAUGAAUUGUAUAGAAACUAUAAAAAUAUGUGUGAAUUAUUUGGAAAUCUACCUCAGUUUGAAUAUGUAGAUUUGCACUUAAUCAUCCAAUCUUCUGUUUUGAUCUAUCAGCUCACCAAGAAGAUCUUUUCAAAAUAG